AUGGCUAAAUUGAUUUGGAUGAAAAUUGGUGGAGAGGUGGAGCCGACGGGCUCUGCUUCGCUUGGGGCGGCGUCUCGAGCACUCUUUGUGGAGAAGGUGCGAGCCUCCAAUGCUGCAUGUCAAGCUGGAGACUUCGCCACCGCCGUCGCUCUCUACACUGAUGCCCUAACCUUGGAUCCUGCCAAUCAUAUACUUUAUAGUAAUCGGUCGGCAGCAAGACUGAAACAGGGUCAGUUUGCAGCAGCUCUACAAGACGCGACGAGAGCACGGGAACUCUGUCCCAAUUGGCCAAAGGCUUAUUAUAGACAAGGGGUGGCGCUACAAUGUUUAGGUCGUCAUGGCGAAGCGCUUGCAGCCUUCAGUUCAGGGUUGGGAGUGGAACCAUCUUCAAGGCAAUUGUUGGCAGCUCUGGUUGAGGCCUCCCUGAAGUCACCGCUACGGACAACCCUAGAGCCUACUUUUAGACAGCUGGAAGCUAUGAAACUGGACCAAUCGCCUUUCGUUCUAAUAUCGGUGGUCGGUCAAGAGUUGCUGGCAGCUGGACAAUACCAAGCGGCAGUAACUGUAUUGGAAGCAGCGCUGAGGAUCGGAUCAUGCUCCCUCAAACUACGGGGUUCAGUCUUCAGUGCUCUUUCAUCGGCGCACUGGGCGCUCAGCCAGCUUGAUGCAGCCAUUAACUACAUGCAACAAGACCUGGCAGUAGCUAAGUCUCUGGGUGACACUGCAGGAGAGUGUCGAGCGCAUGGCAACCUUGGCGCUGCGUACUUCAGCCAGGGCUCCUAUAAAGACGCUCUGACGGCGCAUCGAUACCAGCUGGUGUUGGCUAUGAAGUGCAAAGACACACAAGCAGCAGCGGCAGCUUUAACGUCACUAGGUCACGUCUACACUGCAAUAGGGGACUAUCCUAAUGCAUUAGCUAGUCACAAGCAAUGUGUUCAGUUGGUUAAACAAAUGGGAGACCGGCUACAGGAAGCAAGAGAGAUAGGAAACGUAGGAGCAGUGUACUUGGCUAUGGGGGAGUUUGACUCCGCUGUAGACUGUCAUACGCAACAUUUGAGACUGGCCAGAAGACUUGGAGAUCAGGUUGAAGAAGCAAGAGCAUACUCCAACUUAGGAUCAUCAUACCACUACAGAAGAAACUUCUCACAAGCUAUCGCGUACCAUGAGAACGUGCUGAGGAUAGCACAGAACCUCGGUGAUAGAGCCAUUGAAGCCAGGGCCUACGCUGGGUUGGGACAUGCUGCGAGGUGCGCCGGUGAUUACGCACAGGCUAAGAAAUGGCAUGAAAGACAAUUGGACGUCGCUUUAGCGGCUAGAGACAAGGUUGGGGAAGGUCGAGCAUGUUCGAACUUGGGCAUCGUGUACCAACUGUUGGGGGAACACGACGCUGCACUCAAGCUGCAUCAAGCACAUCUGUCUAUAGCGAGACAGUUACAGGACAAAGCUGGCAUGGGCAGAGCCUAUGGUAACAUAGGCAAUGCUUACUCCGCCGCGGGGUUUUACGAGCAAGCCAUCAAAUACCACAAACAAGAGCUGACGAUCUCCAAAGAGGUUCACGAUAGAAGUUCUGAAGCUUCCACACAUGGGAACUUGGCUGUCGCUUACCAGGCUUUAGGAGCACAUGAUAUGGCACUAUUUCAUUAUAGGGCUCAUUUAGGCAUAGCCCGUGAGCUAAAAGACGCAGCAGGAGAAGCGUGCGCUCUCCUUAACCUUGGCAACUGCCUCUCCUCUCGGGGGGAGUUUGCACAAGCCGUACCUUACUAUGAACAACACUUGAUGCUCUCUCAGGAGCUAGGAGACGUCACAGCUGAAGCUAAAGCUUGCCAUUUUCUUGGAUACGCCCAUUAUUGCCUUGGAAAUUAUAGGGAGGCUGUCAGAUACUAUGAUCAAGACUUAUCCCUGGCCAAAGACUUACAAGACAAGAUGAACAUGGGGCGAGCGUACUGCAACCUUGGACUAGCGCACUUAGCUCUGGGUAAUCUGGAGACUGCAUUGGAGUGCCAAAAGUAUUUCUUAGCGAUAGCGCACAUGACACAGCACUUACAAGGGAAGUUCCGAGCUUUGGGCAACAUUGGAGAUGUACUCAUCAAAAUGGGAGAUGUAGAAGAAGCUGUGAAGAUGUAUCAGAGGCAACUUGGUUUUGCCAGACAAGCCCGUGACCGAUCGUUAGAGGCAGCAGCGUGUGGUGCGCUAGGUCUUGCUAGAAGACUGCAAAGAAGAUUAGAUGCCGCGUUAGGACACCAUACUCAAGAACUGACACUUCGACAAGAAGCUGGAGAUGCAGCUGGUGAAGCUAGAGCUCACUCUCAUCUUGGAGCUGUACACAUGGCGUUAGGACACUAUUCACAUGCCGCCAGGUGCUAUAGGGAACAAUUGGAAAGAGCACAAGAACUUCAGGACUGCGCGCUAGAAGCCCAAGCAUAUGGCAACUUGGGUAUUGCUAAACUUAACAUGGGACAUUAUGAAGAUGCUAUCGGAUAUUUAGAACAGCAACUCGCAAUCCUGGAACGCGUAAACACUCCAACGUGUCAGUUGGACAAGGCCAGAGCACUGGGUUCCCUAGGCGACUGCUAUGAUGCUCUAGGUGACCCUGAUGAAGCAGCCAAGUAUCAUGAACAACAUCUGGCCGCUGCACUCAAACUUGACAACAAACGAGAACAGGAAAGAGCUUACCGUGGUCUUGGACUGAGUCACAAGUCAGUUGGCAAUUUGCAGCAAGCACUGGUAUGCCUAGAGAAGCGUCUAGUGGUAUCCCAUGAACUCGGAGUACCAGAAGCAAAGGCCCAAGCUUACGGGGAACUGGGAGCCUUGCACAUAGCACUGAACAACUUGGAACAAGCUGUGCUGUGUUUGGAUCAUCAGAAGAAUAUUGCCAAGGAACUAAACAACCAGAUAAUGGAAGCGGAGGCAUGCCAUUCACUAGGCGUGGCUCAGCAUGCCCUGGGCGACCACGCCGCAGCCGUCAGGCACCAUCGAGCUGAACUAGAGCUGGCGCACAGGCUGGGUCUCACACAUCUACAGGCCCGUGCAUGCGGUGGAUUGGGAGCGGCGCACGCGUCGAUGGGUGCUCACGCAGAGGCCGCCAGGUGGCACGAGUCACGGCUGCGACAUGCUACUGCUGCAGGAGAUACAAGAGGACGUGCCCAAGCACUGGCUGAUCUAGGCCGAGCUCACCUCGCGAUGGGUGCGUGUGGUAGCGCGGUGUCGUACUUGAGGCAAGCUCUAGCGGCCACUGAAGGACUCGCUGACGCUGAUGAAGAGGCCCGAGUACGUCACCGCUUAGGUUUCGCACUAUGGGCAUCAGGAGAGCUAGAAGAAGCAAAGGAACAACUUCAAGCCGCCCUAGCAUUACUAGACGCGGCCGAACGACGACACCUUCGGCUGGCUGCAGCCCACGCCGCCACGCUACAUGCGCUGCAGAGGGUGCUUGUUGAACUGGGUCGCCAUCCCGAAGCUCUUGUGGUAGCUGAGAGAGGACGCUGCCGGGCAUUGGACACAGUCACUGAGAAACCAUCCGGAACUCUCAACCAAGCCAAUCUCGAACUUCAUGCACAACAAAGAAAUGCGGAAGAAUCAGGCAAGGAGCGCUCGGAGCCCUGGAGCCCUACUACAGUAGAACAAGUUCUAGAAGUCGUCAAUAAGCAGAAAGCCCCUGUACUAUACUACAGUCUUGCAGCUGGAAGACUGUAUGCUUGGCUACUGCAACCACAUAAAGGUAUACUGAGAUUCCACCAAGUCUCUCUACUGGAAGAGGCAGAAGAUAACGAUAACAGUCUCCCAGACAUCAGUCCAGAUGACCUACAGCCAAACAAUGUUAGUGGUCUCGGCAAAUUGGAGCAAUACAUCACCGAGUGGUCUGCUUGGCUAAAAGCUAAUGCUGAGCGUCGAGCUGAGGCUGAAGACCAAUGGGAUCCUGAUGAUAGACCGAGUACGGGUCUAGCUAGAAUGGUCACUCGCAACCAUUUACUGAACUCGUCCAACUACUCUCUCAGUUCGCUGUUCAGUGUUGGAUCUGUUGGAGGAUCUGUUGCCGGAUCCGUAGCCAGCUUACAAGGAUCGACCAGGUCGAGCGUCCACGUUCCCCGGAAGAAGCAGCCAUCCUGGCAGGGCCCGCCAUGUCUCAGCGCUUUGUAUCAAAUGCUACUGGCUCCCUUCGAAGAUUUACUACCUGCUUCUUGUAACAAUAAUCAUGCUACCCACGGACGGCGCGGCUGCGGUGGUCGUAGGGAACUUAUCGUAGUAGUAGAGGGCGCCUUAUACGCUUGUCCUUGGGGAGCAUUACGCAGUGCUCCAACUCCUGCCACGGCCGGCCUCAGUGUGGCCGGGGAUGGGGAACCAUUGUGUGAACGAUACGCACUACUGGCCGCUCCUGCAUUACGGCCACUGAGACAUCAUCGACACAUGAAAGCUAGACCUCAUCAUGAACAUGCAGGAGCUACUGCAGGCGCUGGCAAUGCUCAGGAAGCAGGUAUGAGAUGCCUAGUAGUGGGAGCGCCUCGUGUGGGCGCGGCGCGGUGGGCCUCGCAACACGCACAGCUCAAGGAGGCAGAACUAGUCGCUGAUAUGCUACGUGUCACUCCACUAACUGACUACCAGGCAUCAAAAGAAGCUGUUCUAUCGCAGCUGACGCAAGCAGAAUGCAUUCACUUCGCCACUCACAUCUGUUGGAAGACUCCUGCCAUCGUACUCAGCCCUGGCGAAGUGGUUGACUCCCAAGCUAAGCGUUUGUUGAACACAAGUGUAGGCAGCGGGGCUGCUGAUACCUCAACCGAAAAUGAAGAAGAAAAUCCCGAGCUGCCCCAAAGUAAUGAAGAGCUGCCCCCGGCAUCAGAGUUCAUGCUGACUGCAUCGGAAAUUAUGAAUCUCAAGAUCACUGCUAGAUUGGUGGUGAUUUCGUGUGCACCAUCAAGUGCCGCGCUACAAGGCCCGGGCUCAGAAAACGGAGACGUGCGUCUAGCGGGAGAUGGAGUAUCUCGACUAUGUCGCGCUCUACUAGCGGCCGGAGCUCAUGCAGUACUACUAGCUCUAUGGCCUGCUCCGCAAGAUACUGCUACUAAGAUACUGUAUAGAGCGCUUUAUUCUGCUCUACUGCAGGGUAGCAGGGUUGCCAAGGCCCUAGGCGACGCGAUGCAGACAGUCCGUCACACGAAGCACUUCGCUCACCCCGCGCACUGGGCCGGCCUCGUGCUGGUGGGGGCCAACGUGCGCCUCAGUAACAAGGUGGCGCUCAUGGGGCAGGCGCUCUGUGAACUACUCGCCGCGCCUGAUAAGUGCCGGGACGCACUGCGAGUAUGUUUGCACCUGGUCGAGAAAUCCCUCCAGAGGAUAGUGAGAGGACAGAAGAACGCCAUGUACACCACGCAGAAGAGUAUAGAGAACAAAGCUGGUAGCAUCAAUGGAUGGAGGGAACUACUUAUGAGCGUUGGAUUUAGGUUCGAACCAGCUGCAAAUGGAAUUCCAUCAAGUGUGUUCUUCCCUCAAAGUGACCCUGAAGAAAGACUAACCCAAUGUUCAGCUAGCUUACAAGCUCUGCUAGGUCUAACCUCUACAACACUACAAGCACUGUCGAAGCUGAUUUCUAACGGCGACGUGGCUGACGACAUCAUCGGAGUGAUCCGAUCCGUCAUCUCACAGUUCUCCGUCAAAAACUCUGAUACCGACAUCAUUGAAGUCGCUGUUAACGUUAGGUUGUGGCGUGUCAACGGCUGCCAUGAGCUUCUAGCAUCCCUUGGUUUCGACCUGGCUGAAGUAGGCCAGGAUGAAGUGACCCUACGAACUGGCAAGGCAGCUAACAGACGGCACAUACAGUUCGUUCUGCAAGCACUGCUCGCGUUGUUUGAUACACAAGAAGCCCCACGAAGUCUAAGCUUGGAAUCGAGCUCCAGCGUAGAAUCACUGGCUUCGAUUGAUGACGGUGACUUGGAACCUCAUUCUGAUGGUGAACCUCCUCCGAGACAACAUCGACAGGAAAGCGUAUCAUCAGUUCCUCCGCCACCGUUGCCUCUUGGGUCAUGUGGUGGCGCAUUCACAAUGUACGUCCGUGGAUCCACUUCAUCCACUGAAGUCGGCCGAGGAGAGCCUGAUGGUAGAACUGCACCGCCGCCGGCACCUCCACCGCCAAGAUACAGAGGAGAGAGUGACGCUGCCUUCACUCCCUCUCCCCCCGCAGCCCCGCCUGCACCGACCUCCGCUCCUCCACGAGACGUGUCGCUGGCGCUCGCACACCAAACCAAGAUUAGGACUCUAUACACGAGGAGACCACCAUCCGAUGAUUCCGACUGGGAAAGUUCUGGACACGACACAGUCUUACGAAGAAGACCAGAACACUCUCAUGCAAGGUACCUUGACGCGUUCUAUGACCUCGCGUCAGCACAACCGAGGAGGUCAGAAGAAGAAAAGACUGAUCAGGCGUUAGCUCAACCUUCAACGUCCAAACGCACGCCACGACCGAAGAUGGGAACGAGCAGCCGUGACUCAAUGGCCCAAGUCAGGCAUAUGAGCGGAGAACUAACUCCAACAAUUUCCGAAGUCUAUCACGAAAGGAACAUCGGACUAGGUCUAGCUCCACCGUUGGCAGAACUUCUCCUAGCCGAGGAAUCUAAGACGGAAAUGAGAGCAGCCAGUUCCAGUGAGAAUUUGUUAUUACAGAAUCUGGAGAAACUUGGUCUUUUAGGGGAUACAAGCGAAAAUGAGGAGCGCUGGUGUGGCGCCAACUCCUCCCGACCGUGGCUGUCAGCGCCGCCUCUAGAAACAGACGUGCAAGGGUCUGACUUGACCACGGCAGAAAUAAUAGAAAGACAGACGAAGUUCAAGAAGGACGCGGAGCCAAAGAGGAAAGAAGAGAACGCUUAUGAACUGAAACCUAAGGAAGAGACUCCGGGGCCGAGUGGUAUUGAGAAACGAUCCGUGUCCCCAUUCUCGGAAAUGUCAAGGCGAGAUGAGGGUGAUGGCCGCAGUAUAGCGGACUCUCACUCGUCAUACAAAGCUUUAGUGCUCAGUCCUAGAGCGCCUUACCUGCCUGAAGAAGGGGAAGCUUCCAUGAGUUCGACGGCGGAAGGGGGCAAGACUCACCCCCGCCCCCGCCGCCCGCCCGUACCCCGCACCCGCCCUACGUACACCACGCUAGACUUUCCACCGAAUAAAUGA